AUGGGCGACGACUCCAGCUUGAACAGGGGAGUGGCCAUCACCGACCAAGAGCCUCUGGAACUCGUCCUCGACCAGGAGAGUCGUGGACAAGAGAGCCUCCCCACCCCACUGACGCAUGACUCGGAAGACGACAUUUUCCAACUUUUUGACUCGAAACUCUGGGUACUCUGGGGUCAAAAUGCUGCUUCGGGUCCAACUCCCGGGGUUGGGGCUGAGCGGUGA